UGACUUCAAAGUGCCUGUUGAUGAAAGCAGAAGUGAUGGGCUCAAAAUCAGGCCGUCGUGAGAAACCAAAAGAUGCAUUUGAGGAUACUGAUGGCCUUUAUGAUCCCGAGUGUGAAAAUACUGGUGUCUUCAAGGCGAAGCAGUGCAACGGGACCACCUGUUGGUGUGUGAAUACAGCUGGCGUUAGAAGAACAGACAAACAUGACGCAGACUUGAAGUGCGAUAAGUUAGUCAGAACGAUGCGGAUCAUGAUUGAAAUAAAACAUGCUGAGAGAAACACUCCUCUUAACGCUGAAUCUUUAAACAAAUUCUUCAGGGAAACAAUUACCAAUCGUUACCUGCUGGAUGGACGCUACAUAAGCAGUGUUGUGUAUGAAAAACCUUUAAUUACUAUUGACUUGAAGCAAAAUUCCUCAGAGAAAACUCUUGGAGAUGUGGAUAUAGCUGACGUGGCCUACUACUUGGAAAAAGAUGUAAAAGGUGACUCCAUCUUUCAUAAUAACAGACUAAACAUCAGUGUUGAUAAUGAAAUGGUGAGGAUGGAGAAGACUGUGGUCUACUACCUUGAUGAAAUACCACCAGAGUUUUCCAUGAAGUCCCUGGCUCCUGGCCUCAUUGCUGUCAUUGUAGUAAUAAUAGUAGCGGUAGUUGCUGGAAUUGUUGUUCUGGUCCUCACAAGGAGGAGGAAAGGGAAGUACGUGAAAGCAGAGGUGAAGGAGAUGAAUGAAAUGCAUAGAGGCCUGAACUCGUAA